AUGACCAGUCUUGGUAGCACCAACACAAUGUUUGCCUUGGACCUUUUCCGCACUCUGAGCGAAAACAGCGCCGGUGGGAACAUCUUUAUCUCUCCCAUGAGCAUCACUUCUGCCUUAGCUAUUGUCUUUAUGGGUGCUAAAGGAAACACCGCCGACCAAAUGGCAAAGGCUCUUUGUUUUGGUAAAAUCAAGAAGGUUCACUCAGAUUUCCAGGCUCUUAGUUCUGACAUCAACAAACCAACUGUCUCCUACAUCCUGAGACUCGCUAACCAUCUCUAUGGGGAGAAAACCUUCAACUUCCGUAAGGGGUUCAAAAAAUCCAUAAAGAAGUUCUACAAUGCAGACCUGGUGGCCUUGGACUUCAUAGGUGCUGCAGAGGAGUCACGGAAACAGAUUAACCAAUGGGUGGAGGAGCAGACUGACAGUAAAAUCAAGGACCUUUUGCAACCAGGAAUGGUCACCGCCAUGACAAGACUGGCUCUUGUGAACGCUAUCUACUUCAAAGGCAGCUGGCUGCAUAAAUUCAAUGGAAAAGACACCAAAGAAAUGCCCUUCAAAAUCAACCAAAAUGAGAGCAAGCCCAUGCAGAUGAUGUACCAGGUGUGGAAGUUCCCGUUCAAGUACAUCCCUGACUACAAACUGCAGAUCCUGGAGCUCCCAUACCACGGGGAGGAGCUGAGCAUGUUCAUCCUGCUGCCGGAGGAGUCUAGUGACAACAUCCGACUGCGAAAGCUGGAGAAAGAGCUGACCCUGCAGCAGAUUGAAGAGUGGACAAAGAGGAGCAACAUGGACAGAAACACAGACAUCAUAGUGCACCUGCCCAAAUUCAAACUGGAGGAGAACUACACGCUGAACGAGCCCCUGGCCCGUCUGGGGAUGACCGAUGUGUUUGAUGGGGCCCAGGCCGACCUGUCCGGCAUGAGCAGGUCGGGCAGCCUCUACCUGUCCACGGUCAUCCACAAGUCGUUCAUCGAGGUGAACGAGGAGGGCACAGAGGCCGCAGCCGCGACGGCUGUGAUACGUUUUAAAGGGGCGGCCUUACUGCGCUUCAUACCUCCGAAGGAGCACUUCACUGCAGAUCACCCCUUCCUCUUCUUCAUCAGGCACAACAAGUCCAUGAGCAUCCUGUUCUUGGGCAGGUUUUCCUCGCCAUGA